CCGCCCGCCCCUCGCCCGCUAUAAGGCGCCGUGGGGCGGCGGGCGCCCCGUCGGGCAGCGGCGGCGGCGGCGGUGCGAGCGAUGGCUGCGAACCGGGUGGGGCGGCGCCUGGGCCGGGCUUCGCCGGCGCGCCCGGCCGGGCUGUCUCCGGGGGGCGGCCGCGCGGCCGAGAGGACGCCCAGCCCGGGCAUCCAGCGGCGCCAGGCGAGGGUCACCGUCAAGUACGACCGGCGGGAGCUGCAGCGGCGCCUCGACACCGAGAAGUGGAUCGACGGCCGCCUGGAGGAGCUCUACCGGGGACAGGUGAGCGGGCCGAGGGAGGCGAGGGAGGGGGACGCCCGCCCGCCCGCCCCGUCGGAAGCCUCUCGGGGAGACUCCACGGUUCCUCCGGCGCGGCUACUGAUGCCGCUGCCUCGACAGAGGGGCAAGGAGGGGCAGGAUCCGGACUGCCAUCUGGGGAAAGAGGCGCAUCUGGUGAGGGGCUGGAGGCGGGGGUCUUCUGCCGUCCUCCCUGGGGAGCGAGGGGCCCGGCAUGAGGCGGCGUGUGGGCUUAGCAUCCGAGGAGCGUAGAGCUGGAAGGGAACUCCAGGGGUCAUCGAGCCCAACCCGCUGCUUCCAAGGAGGCUCACGCACGGAAGAAGGCUUUAGGGUCGGGCCAAAGAGAUGCUCCCAGCUCAGAAGUUGCCGAGAGGGAACCAUGGGCAACACGAGAGUGGCAGCAGAAUCCUCUCGCGGAAGAAGCAGGGCUCAUUUAGCCUGCGGAACUCCCAGCCACUGCGUGGGCUCUUUGUAGGUCACCGGGAAGGAAGUCGCUGUUUCCAGGAAGCCUCAGGAUGGAGCUGCUCGCCCUGACCCAGCUGCCCCCACUUUCCUGGCCAUUGCUGGGGCAGCAGCUCGUGGGUCUGAGCCCCCCUUUGGGCAAAAGAUUCCUGCAUUGCCCGGGGUUGGAGCAGACGGGGUCCCUUUUCACACUACAGGUCUGUGAUCCUUUCUCUUCCUGUGCUAGGGAUCUGUGAUCCAGCCAGGCCUGCUCCUCUCUUGCCCCAGAUGCCAUCGCCCGGCUGUGUGGCAUCCCUGAAGCUGGAGCAGGUCGGCUGCAGCCCCUUCUCCCUCCUGGCCCCCCUGGGGGGCUGCAGCCCCUUCUCCCUCCUGGCCCCCCUGGGGGGCUGCAGCCCCUUCUCCCUCCUGGCACCCCUUCCAUUUUCCUCUCCUGCCAUCCCAAUAUUUCUAUGUGGCUUUCCGAUGGGCAGAAUCCCCAUUAAUCUCGCCAAAUCCCUUUCUUGAUCUUUCUUGAUUACUUGCCCUCGGGCAGGAUUAAGGCACUGCCCAAGACAUAUGGUGCCAGGAUGUGAAAUGGGGGGAGAGGGUCUCAGCUCAGGGGCAGGGAACUGCCAAGGCCCCAGGCAGGACUGGGGGAACCAGAGAGCCCUGCCCAGUCCCAGCAAGAUGCGGCAGCCGGUCAGAUUCUGGCGAAGGAAGCUGGCCUGCCUUGUUUAUUUAUUCCUUGCAUUUAUUUCCCAACUUUUUCUCCAAGGAGCUCAAAGUGGGGCGCGUGGUUCUCCUCCCCAUCUAUUAUUAUUAUUAUUAUUAAUAAUAAUAAUAAUAAUAUAAUAUACCACCCUAUACCCAGGGGUCUCAGGGAGGUUCACAAAAUAAAAUCAAGAUAUAAAACCACAAAAUACAUAAUAAAAAUAAUUACAACAACCCAAUUCCCCCCCAACAGAAAAACACAUUUUAAAAAGGCAUAGGGUAUAUCCCUGCAACAACCCUGUGAGGCAGGCUAAGCUGAGAGAUGCAGUGAUUUGUCCCCCAAGUCACCCAGUGAACUUAAUGGCUGAGUGGGGCUUUGACCCCUGGUCUCCCAGGUCCGACUCCAACCACUAUGCCACACUGUCUCCCUCUGCACCGUCUCCUAAUGGGAAUCCUUUUCUGCUCUGAUUUGGCUGGAGAGUCUGGAUCCUUCCUUCCUUGGUGGCCCUUCUUUCAUCCAGGCCUUUCUUCUCCUGUGGAUCCCACAUUGCACCCCCCACCCCCACAUGCGCAGGCCCCUGCCCACCCGUCAUGGGGCUGGUCUUGCUUGCCCAUCCCCUCUCUCUCCCUCCUCUGCUGCCACCCCACCUCAGUCCAGCUCCUCUUGGAGGGGCCCCUGCCUGCUCUUGGUGCCUCCCCAUAUUCCAGAGCAAUGAAAGGCAGAAUCAGAACUCGGGUCCCUUCCCAGACCCCUCUGGAAGUACGCAAGGAUGCUGCCCCUGUGAUUAACAAUAAGAGCAACAAAAAUAAUUAAGACCAUUUCUGUGCUGCUCUUGGAGGCGACCUGGAGCUAUUGACUUUGCCUUUAUUAAUUGAAUUAAUAUCCUGCCCUUCAUCCCAAGCCCACAGGGCGGUUUGUCAGUGGGCAUCUCCUCCUCCUGUCCCCCCCCUCGAAGGGGCUGCUUUGGGGUGGCUUGCGGGGGGGGCAGACCUCAGCUGGUCCCACGAAAGAGUGGCUUUUCAAGAGGAAGAGAAUGCAUUCCUGCAGCCUGAGGCCUGGGAGGGAGCGAGUGGGGGGCGGGGGGGGGGCGGAGAGGAGCCAGACCCAUCUAUAAAAGAGGCGCCCGCAACCCUGCCAUGAAAGGAAAGUUUCCAGCCCGGCUGGCUUGGCGCAUCCCAGGGGAGUUGCAGCGAGAGGAGCAGGACUCAGCUGGCCGGCGAAUUCUGCAGCCGCGCAGCAGUGGGGGGGACGGGACACAGCAGCGUUUGCCCCCGCCUUGCCUGCAGGCCUCCCCCCGAACCCCUUUGCUCAGGUCAGGACGCCCGGGGAGGCUGCAGCUACUGGGGCAAGUGAUGGGGAGAGCUGGUUCUCUGGCGGCCGCCCUGGCUGAGCCCAGUGGGAAGCGCUGCUGAUCUUGGGUUGGCUUCCAGGGCUGUCUGCAGGCGUGUCAACAGCUCAGGCCUCCGAUCAGGAGCCCGGCAGUGCAGGUCUGUCCGGUUGGCCGGCAGAGGAGGGAGGAGGUGGCCUUUCCCGGCAGGGCCCGAUCCCUACGGGAUGCCUGAUCCUUACGGAAGAGGCUCCUGCCUUGACAAACAGGUCUUGAACAGGCCUGGAGGGAGUCCUCUGCCUUUAACUGAGGCCUGGAGGGAGUCCUCUGACCUUUUAUUUUUCAGGGAUAUUUUAAUGUUUGGUGUGUGUGUGUGUGUGUGUGUGUGUGUGUGUGUGUGUGUGUGCGCAUAGCACGGUUCCACUUUGCAAGCCACCCCAGAAGGCUCUUGACCCUUUCAGCCUGCAUAAACGAAGAUAAUGAAAGCAAAUAGAAGCUGACCCACUCCUCCGUGGGCGACAGGGCCUUGGGUGCGCUGGGUGGCCUGGCCUCUUCUGCCUUCCCCAGCCCCCUCUGCAAGACCCCUCUUAGCAGCCCAGGGCUGGAGGAAGGCAGAGGGGCAGCAGCUCCCUCUUUCUGGAGGGAGUUUGGGAGUGGCGCCACCAGCCAAGUCUUUGCAGGAAGGAUGGCGAAUGAAUGAAUUUUAUUAUUACGGUCACAGACCAGGUCCGGGUCACUUACAAUAUCAGGAAAAUAAUAAUAAUAAUAAUAAAUUUUAUUUAUAUCCCGCCCUCCCCAGCCAAAGCCGGGCUCAGGGCGGCUAACAACAAUAAAACAGUACAAAAGUACAGCACAAACAACACUCUAAAACCAUUCAUUAUAAAAUUAAUUCAAAUCAAGCCACUGGCAACCAUUAAGCAAAAUUCUGUGCAGAUUGCCAGAGGAGGGAGUCAGGCUGUGCCCUGGCCAAAGGCCUGGUGGAACAGCUCUGUCUUGCAGGCCCUGCGGAAAGAUGUCAAGUCCCGCAGGGCCCUGGUCUCUUGGGACAGAGCGUUCCACCAGAUCGGGGCCAUGGCUGAAAAAGCCCUGGCUCUAGUUGAGGCCAGCCUAACUUCUCUGUGGCCUGGGACCUUCAAGAUGUUUUUAUUUGCAGACCAUAAGUUUCUCUGUGGGGCAUACCAGGAGAGGCGGUCCCGUAGGUACGAGGGUCCUAGGCCGUAUAGGGCUUUAAAGGUUAAAACCAGCACCUUAAACCUGAUCCUGUACUCCACCGGGAGCCAGUGCAGCUGGUAUAGCACCGGGUGAAUGUGAUCUCGCAGCGAAGACCCCGUAAGGAGUCUCGCUGCAGCAUUCUGCACCCGCUGGAGUUUCUGGGUCAGUCUCAAGGGCAGCCCCACGUAGAGCGAGUUACAAUAAUCCAGUCUGGAGGUGACCGUCGCGUGGAUCACAGUGGCUAGGUCAGGGCGAGAGAGGUAAGGAGCCAACUGCUUAGCUUGGCGGAGAUGGAAAAACGCCGCCUUUGUUAUAGCUGCAAUCUGCGCCUCCAUGGAAAGGGAGGGGUCGAAGAUUACACCCAAACUCUUAACGGACGGUGCUGGCACUAAUUGCACCCCCACAAGAGAUGGGAGUUGCCCCCCCAAUCCCAUAUCGUCCCGUCCCAGCCAGAGGACCUCUGUCUUCGAAGGAUUUAGCUUCAACCGGCUCCCACGUAACCAUCCAGCCACAGCUUCCAAACAUCUGGUCAGUGUGUCUGGGGCCGAGUCAGGAUGGCCAUCCAUCAACAGAUAGAGUUGGGUGUCAUCGGCAUACUGAUGGCAACCCAGCCCAAAACUCCGGACAAGCUGGGCGAGGGGGCGCAUAAAGAUGUUGAAAAGCAUUGGGGAGAGUAUCGCACCCUGAGGCACUCCACACACCAAGGAGUGGUGCAAUGACAAUUCCCGCCCCCAAGCACCACCCUCUGUCCCCGACCAGAGAGAAACGAGCGCAGCCAUUGGAGGACUGUGCCGAUCCCCAAGUCGGCAAGUCCAGGAGUUCGUGAUCGACCAUGUUGAAAGCUGCUGACAGAUCUAGAAGAAUCAGCAGCCCCGACCCACCUUGAUCCAGCUGUCUACGAAGAUCAUCUGUUAGGGCAACCAGAGUCGUCUCGGUCCCAUGACCAGCGCGGAAGCCGGACUGGAAUGGAUCCAGAGCCGAUGUUUCAUCCAGAAACCCACCAAGCUGUUCAGCAACCGCUCUCUCAAUCACUUUUUACUCAUAAAACACAAAACACAAUUGCAAUUGGGUACAACAGAGACAAUUCAGAUAUAGUGGCAGUUAUAUAUACAGUGGUGCCCCGCAAGACGAAUGCCUCGCAAGAUGGAAAACUCGCUAGACGAAAGAGUUUUCCGUUUUGGAGGUGCCUCGCAAAACGAAUCUGCUAUGGGCUUGCUUCGCAAGACGAAAAUGUCUUGCGAGUUCCUGGGUUUUUUUUUUCCUUUCCCCCCUCUUUUUCUAAGUCGCUAAGCCGCUUAUCUGCUUAUCCGAUAAGUUGAUAAGCUGCUAAAAGCCGCUAAUAGCCGCUAAUAGCGCUAAUAGCGCUAAUCCGCUAAUCCCAUCAAUGGGCUUGCUUCGCAAGACGAAAAAACCGCUAGACGAAGAGACUCCCAGAACGGAUUCUUUUCGUCUUGCGAGGCACCACUGUAUAUCACUAAAAUAUAACCUAAAAUUAUCAUUUAAAACCUUCGUCACUUUGGUAGUACCACUUGUUCCCUAAGUUUUAUGGCAGUCGCACAGAAUUUGGCCACCCUGAGUGUGAUCUCCAGAUCCUUGUUCUCUACCAGGAGUUUUAGACAUUGAAGUUCGGACCCAUUUGGAGAUUUUUUUAUAACAGGAGUGAUGAAUACCGAGCGUAGAUCCCCGCAGAAACGGCAGCGUGACAAGGCAUGAGAGACAGUUUCUACCUCCACGAAGCUGCAGGGGCAGACUCAGGAAGGAGGGUGGCAAAGGGGGCAUUUGGGAGGGGGAGAGGGGUCAACUGCGAUGGAGGACGAAGGCUGUUGCUUCUGGAAUGGAGCUUCCGGCCUCUGCUCUUCGCAGAGCAUACAGGGAGGGCUCUCUGGCCAGCAGCUACGCUCUGUCUGGUCAGAGGCAGCGAUGCUUCUGAAUCCCAGCUGCUGGAAACCACUGGAGGGGAGAGAGCUGCUCUUGCACCCCAGUCUCGCUUGUGAGUUUCCCAUGAGGGCGUCGGGUUGGCCACUGUGAGAACAGGCUGCUGGACCAGAUGGGUCUUUGGCCCAUCUUCUGUUCUUGGGAUCUCCUACCGAGCCUGCUUGUGGUGGCUGGCCUCCCUAUUCCAGAGUCCUGUAAAGGGUCUGGUCCCUGGUGAGGCCUUGCUUGGGCACAGGAUGCCUCUCCUGAGGUUUGGGGCGCUUCCUUGGUCCCGCAGAGACCCAGCUUGAUCCCCUGGCUUUCGUUGCAGGAAGCAGAGAUGCCGGACGAGGUGAACAUUGAUGAUCUGCUGGAGAUGGCCACAGACGAGGAGCGGGCCAAGAAGCUGCAGGUUGGUGCAGGAGGCUGCUGCCGUGGGGGGGGGGCUCUGUCUCAGUGCCAGGUCAGCUGCGUGGCUUGCAAGAGGUUACCCAUCCUAGCCUGGCAGCAUCUUCCGGUAGGGCAAGGAAACAGCCUUGCAGAGCCUUUCCCAAGUCAGCGUGGAGACUGCGCUGGGUGGAGCGGCGUUCUCAGCCAGGUUGAGGCAGGACCCCAUGUUCCUGUGCCCCAAAUGUGGAGGGAGGGAGCUUUGUGCAGGAAACCCCUCCGGAUGAGAUCCCUGAAAGAGCCAUCUUGGAGUGUGGAAGGUCACAAGGUCCCUGGCAUUUCCAGGUGGGGCUGGGCGAGAGGUGCUGCCAGCCAGUGUAGACAGUAUUGAGUCAGAUGGACCAAUAGUCUGACUCUGUAUAAGGUGGCUUCUUUACGGUCCUCUCCCAAGGCUGGUGGGCAGGAUCCAGCGCUCCUGAUGAUAAGAUUUCCAGCCUCUGCACAUUUGUGAGCAAGCGAGUUCUGCCUCUGGCCUGGGGGCAAUAACCAGGGAUCCGCGGGGUAAAGGCCACUGGUGCAAUUGAUAAGCACGCCUGCCAUGUUGCCGCGCCAGCUGGAAAGAAAUCCAAAUAGUAAUCAAUCGAAACCAAAAGAGUUUAAAGCGGAAGGGCACCCAAACGUUAUCCAAGGGGAGAUGAGUUUGCAGCAGGCCGAGGGGCCAGGGGGCCUGGGCGGGAGGGAGGCUUUUGGGGGAUGGGGUUCGCAGCUGCACCGGGAGCAAAGAGAAGUGGGAUUCUCCUCCUGCCCCCUCCCCAAAUUCCAGGGUCAGAGGAGGGGGCUGAGGUGCAAGGCGGGCUCCCCCAGCUGUUCCUCAUUCUCCUCUCUUUGCAGAGCAUCUUGGAGUCCUGCCACAAGGACACAGAGGUGGGUGCCUUUGCUCUUUGACCCCCAGGGACCCCUCUGGCUUUUACCCUGCAAGGGGAGGGAGGGGAAUUAGCCGCUUGCCCCCCCCCCCAGCACCUGCCGGAUGAAGCCUCUCCCAGCAGGAGUGGUUGUCUGUGGAGGAGGAGGAGGAGGAGGAGGAGGAGGAGGAGGAGGAGGAGGAGGAGGAGGGGAGGAUGCAGCUCCCAUCGCUGGCGCAAAGCCCUCCCCACCCAGAUACACAACACAGCCUCCCCCCUCCCUCCCUCCCUCCCUCCCGGUGGCUGCUGGGAUGGCUGCUGGAUCCUCCAGGGAUUCCUGGCGUUCCAAUCCCAGCUGGUCACUCCGAAAAGCAUCCCCGCCUCCCCCACUGGAUCCCUUCUGCUGAGAAGCACGGAGCCCCUCCCCCCAGGGCUAGCCAGCCUGGAUGCUCUCAGGGCAGGGAGCUGGGGGGCAGCUUCCGGGGGGGCACUGUGAGAAGAGGAUGCUGGAUGGGGGGAGGCAAUGGCCACAGCCAGGCUUUUCUGAUGUCCUUAUGGAACCCCCAGCUCCACAGGCAGUCUACCUGGACUCCUAAAGGUAAAGGGACCCCUGACCAUUAGGUCCAGUCGUGACCAGCUCUGGGGUUGCGGCGCUCAUCUCGCUUUACUGGCCGAGGGAGCCGGCGUACAGCUUCCGGGUCAUGGGGCCAGCAGGACUAAGCCGCUUCUGGCGAACCAGAGCAGCGCACGGAAACGCCAUUUACCUUCCCGCCGGAGCGGUACCUAUUUAUCUACUUGCACUUUGAUGUGCUUUUGAACUGCUAGGUUGGCAGGAGCAGGGACCGAGCAACGGGAGCUCACCCCGUUGCGGGGAUUCGAACCGCCAACCUUCUGAUCGGCAAGUCCUGGGCUCUGUGGUUUAGGUAGACGGAUAUUUGGUCCCUUUGAGAGGAGGAUGCUGGAGCGGAUGGGCCCCUGGUCUGAUCCAGCAGCCAGGCUCUCCUUGGGAAUGCUUUCUCCCUCCCUUGCCGGCCGUUUUGACCCGGCUGUUGGCCCAGCCUGGCCUCUGACCCUCUCUCCCCACCGGCCAGAGAGAGGCGGGACUCACCCCUUCCUUCCUUCCUUCCUUCCUGUCGCAGGACUUCAUCCAGGAGCUGCUGGGGAAGCUGAGGGGCCUCCGGACAGAGCACGUCCUCCGCCGGACCAGCCCCGACAGCGGAGGCGGUGGCAGCCGGGAGAGAGCGGAUCAGGGCCUGGGGAGCCCGGAGGAGCGAGUGUGAGAGCCACCUGCUCUUGCGGAAGGCUUUGCCGAAAGCCUCAGGGGUGGACUCCUGGGGGAGGACGGGGGGUGGGGGAAAUAUAGAGGUCAGGCUGCCGGCAGCAGCAACGGUAGGGUCCCAAUGGUGUCUGGAUGAGGCGCAUCUCCCCCCAGUUGCAUCUGGCUGCAGGGAGGUCCCCCGCCCCACAGCUGCUGCACCCCUGCGCCCCCCAGCAGCAUCUCUGAACCCCCUCCCCAUUGUACAGUGAACAGUCUUGUCUGCUUUCUGUGUAUCCUGUAAUAAAGCACUCUAUGUCUCAAACGGCUCACAGGUCAGCUGCUGCCUCGGCUGUGGAGGUGGGGGGUUUUCCAGGGGGAGGGGGUACCUGUCGCACACCUGCUGCUGACAUCGGCUGCAGGGAUAGGCAGCCUGUGGCCCCCCAAAGCCAUCAGGGAAACAUGCAGUUGGAAGGGACCCCCCAGGGCCAUCUAGUCCAGCCCCCUGCAAUGCAGGAAUUGCUGCUUUGGAUCCUGCUGGGCCCCCCCUCAAGUGCCCAGAAGCCUCUUUUGGGGCUCUGGCCUCCAGCUCUGCUUCUUGUGAACCAGAGUCCAUUCAUGCCCCCCUCUCUCUCUGCCAGGGGCAAACUCUGGGGCUCCUCUCCAGCUCAAAAAUGAUGCCAGUGUGGCUGGGCUCUGAGGUUGGCUUCUGCUGCUGCCUCCGUGACCCCCUGCUGCCCUCCCCCUUUGGGGGCCGUGAGCCUGGCCUCCAGUGGCCUUUGGGGCUGGGGGGUAGUAGCCGUGCCUGGGCCCAGUGGCCGUCUCCGGGACGCAGCCUCUCCCAGUUGCCGAUCUUGUUUACAGCGCAGGAUAAACAGCUGCACGCAGCACAUCCCUUUUGGACGGGAACAACAAGGCCUUCUCCGCUGGCCUCUCCUGACCUUCCCAGGCUGCGUCUUCCUGCAUUUCCAGCUCUGUCAGGGUUUGGGCAGAGAGGGGGAGCAGGUCCCACCCCCUUGGUGGGGAGGCUGCCCUUUUCAUAAGGGGGGGGGGUUCCCCUCCUGGAGAGCUGGCCUUGUCUCUUCACUUUAAAACAGGCUUCUCCUGCCCCAGUUGUCUUCCCCAUGGACCCAAAGAGCUGGACGGGACUCCGAUUUCAAGGCAGGCGUCUCUGGCAGGUGGCCAACCCGGCCUCUGAGAGACCACAGCCUUUGGAGGGAGUCAAGCAGCUCUUACUGUCACCAAGUUCUUGGUUCUUAGAAUCUCCUCCCUUGUAACUUGAAUUCAUCGGUUCAGUUCCCCCCCUCCAGAGCAGGGAGAAACAGGCGUGUUCCUCCUUCCAUGUGGCAGCGCUUGAGUUUUGGGAAGCCAGCUCUCCUAUCUCCUCUUAGUCUCCUCCAGGCUAAACACCCCCAGCCCCUUCAGCUCUUCCUCAUAAGGCUUGCUUUCCAGACCCGGGAUUAUUUACAUCACCCAGAUUAAAAUGUGUUGCCCAGAACCGGCCGCAGUAUUCCAGGUGUGGCCUGGCCCAGGCAGAAGAGAGGGAACGGACUUCCCUUGAUCUGGACACCCGAUU